UCCAUACGUUCCGAACGGUCAGUGGUUUCUACUCCGAGAUAGUAAUUAUUAUUUUUUUUUUUUAUCCGACCAGUGGAUUUUUAUUUAUUUUUUUUUUUAACGUUUGUUUUAAAACGCUCCCGUUCGCGUAAACGCGUACCGUUCGAACGCUGACCAUGUAAGACGUCGAAACGCUUUUCGCCCGCCAGUUGCCAAACGUACGUAAACACCAAAAAUGACAUUUUCUGUGAUAUAUCUAGUCAAAAAAAUAAACCAUUAAUUUAAGUGAAAACUAAUAAUAAUAUGUUGAAUAAUGAAUGCUAAAGAACGGGCACGUAAUAGAUGGAAAUUAUUAGCAAAUACAGUCAGUAAAAAAUGUCAAGACCAAAUAUUUGCAGCACAAAUAAGCUAUGAUCUCUUUAAUAUUGAAUGUAUCAGUACUGAAUGGUAUAAAUAUUCUGCUUGUGUUCAAAGCAAUAAUUUCUCAGCUAAUGUAUGUCGAUCUCCCAUAAUUAUCACACCCGAAGAACUCAUGGGUUUUAACAAUACCGGCAAUGUUCGAAUAUGGCCAUCCGAAGAGGUAUUAGCUUAUUAUGUUCUAUCAAACCUGGAUUUAUUCAGAGAUAAGACUGUACUGGAGCUGGGUGGCGGUAUGAGCUGUUUGGCUGGUAUAAUGGCAGCUCUAUAUGGUUUUUGUAGUGAUGUUCAUUUGACUGAUGGCAAUCCGAAUUCUGUAUACAAUGUUGAACGUAUACUUAAGAAAAAUGUGUUCUCAACAAAAGUUACCUGUUCGGUGUUGAAAUGGGACCAAAGACCUGCAAACUUAUGUCAUUAUGAUGUGAUACUAGCAGCUGACUGUCUAUUUUUUGAUGAAGCUCGUGAUGAUUUGGUGCAUACUAUUGCAUCAUCAUUAGCAUUUGAUGGAAUUGCAUUGGUUGCGGCACCAAAACGAGGAACUACAUUGUACGAGUUCAUUAACAUGGCGCAGCAAGAGGGUUUAGUCUGCACUGUGCAACAAAACUACAACGCUCUUGUAUGGGAGCGUCAUUCUAAACAGGUUCUCUUUAACUCUUUGUAUGAUACUGAUUCACAUUUUCCAUUGUUGAUAAGUAUUACCAAAACGACCAAAAUUAUUGAUUGCCAAUUUCAAUAAAACAAGUAGGAAAACAUUAUAGCGUACAACCAAUUUUAAAAUAUUUUAUUUGAUUAUCCAAUAUUGAGGGUAGAUUAAUAGUUUCCUUUUUAUUAUAAGUAGUGUUAAAAAUUAUGAAAAUUACCUAUUACAGGGAAUCAAUGUGUUUAUGUAGAUUCCUAUUUUUAUUCAAGUAUACAUUUAAUCCAUCAGCUAUGUUUCAGUAUUUGAUAAACAAUAAUAUGUUUACUCCUAUUCUUUAAAAUCACGAGUUAUAUAUAAAUGUUAUAUAUCUUUAAAUUUUGAUUUCCAAUUAUUGAUCAUGUGUUAACUAAAU